AUGAUGCUCGACGAGUCCCUAGAGCGAGCAGAACCCACUGGGCUACUCUUGCACGUGACAGGGAAAAAUGGGAGAUUUACUGGCGCCCGCUCGAGUCACCCGACGAUGAACGGAGCCACAGGUGAUACAGGUGAUAGUGGAGCACGCUCUGCUCACUCGACGAUUAACGGAACAAUGGGCGACGGAAGGAGUAGCCAUGGAUUCUGGUCUCUGGAAAUGAGAAUGCUUAAGGACGAGCGCGACCAUAAAGUAGUCUGGUAUAACGACGUGGUGGCAAACAGUGAAGUAAAAGUGGUAAAGCGUAAAGAAGACGAAGCAUCGAGCUCAGAGAGCUGCCCACUGAAGAAGAAGCGCGUCACAAUUAAGGAAGAAGAGCAUGAAGAACCUUUUCCAAUGAAUGUAUCAACCGAAAUUCGUGAAGGACGUAUUCCUUCAUUAAGCGAACGUUUGUUUUUAGGUGUUCGUUACUUAGCCCCUUACUGGGCUGUGUAUCGAACGAGAGCGAAAGGAAGGACAUGUGAUGUAGUCGAUCAAGAUUUCUAUUAUCUUUUCUGUUCAUUUUAUGUUUAUGGCUUUAUAAUCAGUUAA